AAAAAAAAAAGGCAUUUCUAAAUUAGGCAAUUGUGACCGACCGCCAAAAAAUGCAUGCGCGAAGUGACGUUCUCUUCGGCUGGCAAUUUUCUUAUUCAAAUUCGUCUUUGUGACACCUUUGGUUAAAAAAGGGGAUAUGGAUACAAUGACGUUAUCUCCUGUUUGGAAGAAGCUUCUUGCUCGACAGUUGCAAGCAAACAUUGAAAAGCUGGGUCCUUCGGAGUCUUAUGUAUCGUUAGCCACAGUACGCUUGGACGGUACGCCUGCGAAUCGAACUGUGGUGUUUCGAGGCUUCGCCGGUGAACAUCAUGAACACGAUUUGGGAUGGGAAAGUGACCUGUUGACCAUUACAUGCGAUCAGCGCUCUGCCAAAGUGAAAGAAAUAAAGAAAAACCCCAGCUACGAGGUAAACUGGUGGAUGAGUGGAACUCAGGAACAGUUUCGUCUCCAUGGCCAUAUUCAUGUAUAUGGUGAUCAACACCAGAUCGAUAGAAGCUUGUCCAGCCACGUGAGGAAUACAAAGGAUGCUACUAAAACACCGGUGCAAGCUGACUGGUGGGAAGGCGAACGACGUCGACAAUGGCUUGCUCUGGGAGAUGGGUUAAGGGCGACCUUUGCUCAAGAAGCGCCUGGCGAGCCAAAGAUUCAAGAGCCCGACAAUCAAGUACGACGAUUGGAAAUUGAUAAUGUGGACGAACAAGGCCGCUUCUGCAAUAAAGAUGCUGCCAAACAAGCGUUACUGGAUAAAGGUUACAAGAACUUUGUCUUGCUGUUCUUGACUGUCUCACGGGUUGAUCAUCUUUUGCUACCGACAGGUGAACGUACACUGUACGAGCAACAGCAAGAUGGUUGGAGAACCGUGCCAUUGACGGGAUAGAAAUAAACAUAGCAUCAUACAAACACGUGGACAUCCCAUUAAUUAAACUCGAGCGAUGCUUUUUACAAUUUA